AUGGCUGAUAAUAACAUAGACAAAAAUGAAAGUGAUUCAUCAUGUAUAAAUGCUAGCGAUGAACAAAAAUCAUCAGAAGAAAAAGACAACCAAGGUGAAACAUCUGCUAUGCCAAAUGUGAAUGAAAAUGUGAAUGAAAAUAACUCAUCAUUCUUUACAAAAUGUUUUAGUAAAAUUGUAAAUUUUAGUAGUAAUACUCCAGAAAAGAAUGUCGCAGUUGAAAAUAAGGAAAACAAUAAUGAGGUUAAAGAAUACAUUACGAAUGAAAAUAAUUAUAAUAGAUAUGAUGAUGGAGAGGAUAAAAAGAUGGAAGGUUUUAAUAAUAAUAUAAAUAAUAAUAAUAAUAAUAAUAAUCUUAAGGGUGAUGAUGAGAAAAAUAGUCAUGUGGGUGAUGGCCAUACACAUUUUAAUAAAGAAGAAAUUAUAAAUGAAAUUUCAAAAUUCAAUAAAAAUGAAUUAAAUUUAAAUAGGGGUGAAAUAUAUUUAAAUGACAAGGAAUGUUCAUUUAUAUCAUAUAUUAUAUUAAGUAGCGAAUUUCGUUUUUAUCCUAUAGAAGAAAUGAAAAAAAAAAAAAGAAGAGAUACAUUAAAAAUAGAUGAUACAAUUAAUCUGAUAGAUACAAAAAGAAUUAAAUUUGAUAAUAAUAAUAAUAAUAAUAUGAAUAAGAUAGAAAUUAGAAAAAAAGAAAAUGUUACUGAUGUAGAUGUAGAUGCAGAUAAAAGUAAUAAUUACCAUUUGAAUGAAAACAAAAGUAUAAACAAUAGUGAGGAUAUAUUAAAAAAAGAAGAUGAAGAAGAAGAGAAUUUAAAAAAAGAAGGAGGGGAUUUAUUAAUGAAAGGUAAUAAUGUAGAUAAAAUGUUAUUAGAUGAUAUAGAUAUUGACAAGUCACCUAGAUAUGAUAAAAUUAUGGAUGCAGAAGAAAGAGAUAAAUUAGAACUUUUUGAUGAAAUUUUAAUACAUAUAAAACGUAAUUUUUAUGAGAAAAUAUUAAAUAUAGAAACCAAUUUUAAAAACUUAGAAAAUCAAAUUGAAGAUAAUCAUUCAUUUCAUUUUCGUUGUAUUAUUGAAAAAUUAAAAAAUCGAAAGUAUGAUAAUAUACUAUAUAUAUAUAAUGAUAUAUAUUUAUAUCAUAAUAAUUUAUUGUUUCUAUCUAAACCAUCAAGUUAUACAUGGAUGAAAUUACAUGAACUCUCUACUCAAAUUACAAAUACUAUUUCUGAUAUACAUCAUAAGAAAUACAUGCAAAAACCAAAUAGAAAAUUGUAUCAUAUAGAUAAAGAAGAGAAGGAAAAAAAAGAUAAAAAAAAAGAAGUACUUAAAGAUCAUGAAAAAAUGGAAUAUUGUAUAAACGAGGAGGAGAAGUUGGCAUUCCAGUUGCUUCUAAGCAAGUUAAAUCAGGACACUCAUUUUGAGCUGUUUCGAAAAUUUAAGAAUAAAGCUGUGUGGAAGACACUUGAGGGGGGUGAAAUUGAAUUGGAUGAUAAGUUAACAAGAGCGGAUGUGUUCAGAGAAAUGUAUAAUUGGUGUAAGUUUCAGUUGGAAAUGAAAAAUAAGCAAAGUGAAUUAUCUGACUCAGAAAGUGAUUCAUCAAAGGAUUCUUACUAA